AAACAAAGUCUGACCGUUGCUCAAGGUAGUCACUCGCUCAUACUAAAGCAUUUUACUCACAGUGAUUUGCAGUAUGAAUAACGCAACAGGGUCGUCGAAGAAUAUUGAAGCACCUGAAAAUUCAACAGCAAAUGAGAUCCCUAAUGGAACUGGGCCCAAAAUGACACUUCAGUUGGUUUUACCAAACUCAUCGGAAGACCCAUACGGACUCGAAAAUGGAGUUCAUCGAAGAUCGCGACCAGUUUCAAGAACUGGAAGUGUUUUGGAAUCUAAAUCACCUGGUUUUAUCAACACACGACUUGUUAAUUAUAACCGAGGAGUUUCCUACCAACCUUCAGUGGCUACUUCAAAGUUUCAAUCUGAACCAGAAAAUAUUCCACCGCCAUCAUCACAAGAAGAAAAAUCCAAAAUGACAAAACGAUACUUUGCGACAAUCACAGCAGUCAGUUACGCAAUCUUCCUUGUGAUUUUCGGCACGAUAGUUUUCGUAGGAAAUGCAGUUGCAGAAUCAACAUUGAACUUUUCAGUUCCAAUUCCUGAAAUAUUUUCUAUCUUCAUGCUAACUGUUGGGUUUUGUUAUUUCAUCUUCCUAUACAUCGAUAUACGACUUCACAUCAAAAAAGCUAAACAUGCACUUAAAGUGAAGGAAAAUCGAAUUAAAAUGUUCGAAGAACAAUUAGCAAGAACAGAAGCACAUCUACAAAAUUCCCUAGAAUUUUCACAAACUAACAUUAACAAUAAUAACAACAACAUUCACUUACAAAUUCCGCUGCCCGAUUUAUCUGCAAGUAACAUUCAACCAAUUUCACAUCGUUAUUGUUUCGUUACGGGACGUCACGGAGAGGUUCUUUAUCUGAAAAUGGGAGCAGCAUGGUUCUGUUUUGGAUUAUUAAUACAUUCAGCUUUAACACUUUCAUAUCAAAUCAUUUAUUUCACUCAAGAUGAUGCAUGUCGUAAUAUCCCACAACUAAUUGUUGAAAUUAUGUUCCCGUUGUACUCCUUGUUCAUUUUAUUCUUCAUCUUUAAAUAUUGUAAUAUCAUCAUAAAUAGUUAUAGAGGUCUUGCUCGUAUCAUGUUUAUGCAUGCAAUCGGAACGUCACUGGCAUUUUGGAUGUUCACCAUUGUUAGGGAAACGCAGGAUGCAAUUAACUUGAAGAGAAUUGCCGACGCUGAAAGUAAAGAAAUUAUCUUUCAACAUAAUUUUAACAAAAUGUAUUUAAACUCUUCUAAUUAUGAAAUAGAAGCAACGAUGGGAUUCGAUCCAAUGACGUCAGAGAGAAUAACAAAAAUUACAAAUAUGAAUGCAGUUGAAUGUCCCGGACCUGAAGAUUUAAACACAAUUUAUCGAAACUUUGCACCAUACUUGUAUCCGUUCAUUAUUGAAUUUUGCAUUUUAAUCGUCGGAAUAUUUUAUAUGAUAUGGGCAAACAUCAAUCAUUGUCCUAAAAAGCUUUCAGCAAGUGGCCACGAUCAUGGUGGACAUGGAAGUGAUUCACAUAAUCAUAAUAAUGCAGCUGACUCAAAUCAGUUCACAAGUUUAGGUUCAAUACCAGAAGAAGGCGAUGGAACAGCAAAUGGUGGGGUGAUUCACCGGCCACCACCAAGUGAAACGUCAGACCAUUGUCGAAAUUUGAUGGAGCACGACAAUCAAUACAAAACCAAUGUUGUCGUUUAUGCCGAUUGUCAUGCUGCAAGUCGUGGAUUGUUUGGCGGAAUGAUUCUUAUGAUAAUGACGAUAGUUUUCAUUAUUCUCCUUCAUAUUGCAGCUAAUGAACCAGACUACAUUGAAACGGGCGUUAUAGUAGAUCGAGUAUUUGAAUUGACUGUUCUUCUUAUCCUGAUUGUCGCAGUUAUUGUAGCAUAUUUCCAAACAUCAAAGCUCGACAUCAAUCUUCACCCGAUAAGUAAACUUGAUGACGUCCUUCUGUUUAUAGCCAUUCCAGCAUUUUUCUCUGAAACUAUUUUUAGUUUGGUUGCUGCGAUAAACUUUGGAAGAAUUUUAAAUAUUUCCAUUAUAAUAGCUCAAAUUGUUCAAGUUCUUAUUCAAACUCCAUGGAUCAUUGAUGCAUUAAGACGUUGUUCAAAUACAAUUGAGCUUAGAAAAAAGAAACCCGGUCGUGAGCUUGUCACCUUCAUGACAAUUGCUAAUGUUUCACUUUGGAUUUAUUACACAUUUUCUGUGAGAAAUACAGACAUUGAUGAUGAACGGUACGAGUUUUUCGGCUACGUUCUCUGGAGUAUUCUUAAUCACGUUUCUCUACCUUUAAUUAUGUUUUACCGUUUCCAUGCUUCUGUUUGUCUUGUCGAUAUAUGGAAACAUUCAUAUGAGCCUGGCGAGUUCGCUCAUUAAUUAAAUUUAAAUGCAUAAACAUAUAAUUUAAAAUUUAAUAAAGUUUAAAAACAAUUUUGUGUAGGCUAAGUUCAAACUUUUGUUCGUAUAAUAAAUAGAAAAGACGAC